AUGUCCGUCUCCAGGGUGCUGCGCCCAGCCUCGCGUCUCCUCUCCGCAUCCCGCCCAACCACAGCUCUCCGACCCGCCUUCCGCCCAGCAGCAUCACUCCCGUCCAUAGUAAGCUCUCGAAGCUAUGCACAGGAAGCAGGUACGAAAGAGAUGACGGUGCGAGAAGCGCUAAACGAGGCAAUGGCGGAGGAAAUGGAGGCCAACCCUAAGGUGUUCGUCUUGGGCGAGGAAGUCGCGCAGUACAACGGCGCAUACAAAGUUACGAAGGGUCUGCUCGACAGGUUCGGCGAGAAGAGGGUCAUAGACAGCCCCAUCACCGAGUCUGGGUUUGCCGGGUUGACUGUGGGAGCUGCGCUGGCUGGAUUGGUGCCGAUUUGCGAGUUCAUGACCUUCAACUUCGCCAUGCAAGCCAUCGACCAGAUCAUCAACUCCGCCGCCAAGACACACUACAUGUCCGGUGGUAUCCAGCCCUGCCCCAUCGUAUUCCGCGGUCCGAACGGCUUCGCCUCCGGUGUCGCCGCCCAGCACUCGCAAGAUUACACCGCGUGGUACGGUAGCAUACCCGGCCUGAAGGUCGUCUCACCAUACAGCUCCGAGGACGCCAAGGGUUUGAUGAAGGCUGCCAUCCGCGAUCCGAACCCGGUCAUCGUGCUCGAGAAUGAGCUGCUCUACGGCCUUCAAUUCCCUAUGUCCGAAGAAGCGCAAAGCUCCGACUUCGUGAUCCCCUUCGGCAAAGCCAAGAUCGAGCGCCCAGGCAAAGACCUCACAAUGGUGACGCUGUCCCGCUGCGUCGGCCAGUGCCUCGUCGCCGCGGAGCAGCUGAAGAAGAACUACGGCGUUGAGGCCGAGGUCAUCAACCUGCGAUCCAUCAAGCCCAUGGACGUUGAGGCCAUUGUCAAGAGCGUGAAGAAGACCGGCCACAUGAUGGUCGUCGAGUCUGGCUUCCCGUCCUUCGGCGUCGGCGCGGAGAUCAUGGCUCUGACGUGCGAGUACGCGUUUGAUUAUCUGGAUGCGCCCCCUGUUAGGGUGACCGGCGCGGAGGUGCCUACGCCGUACGCGCAGAAGUUGGAGGAGAUGAGCUUCCCGACGGAGCAGUUGAUUACCGAUUACGCUGCGAAGUUGUUGAGGGUUUAG